AUGGCGUUUCCACCUGCCCUUCUGCUGCUCGUCACUGUUGCUCUACAUGUCAGUGGUCAAAGUUUGGCGGAAUUCGAGACUCUCCCGACAGGCUGCGGCUGGGGUCUCGGGCGUCCCUACACCCUCCUCUGUGACCUGGACUCCAUUUGGGGUGUAGCUGUCGAAUGUGUGGCUGCUGGUGGGACGUUGACUGCCAUUUUACUUGCCUUAGUCCUGCUGUGCCGUUUACGGCACAUCAACGAAGGCGAGAAGUGCAGUGGCGUGGGACCCAUCCUCCUGCUGCUCCUGGGCAUCAUCGGCUUGUUCGGCCUCAGCUUUGUUUACCUGAUUGAGCAGGACGAGUCUCUCUGUCUGAUCCGCAGAGCCUUGUGGGGCCUCCUUUUUGCUGUCUGCUUCUCCUGCUUGCUGGUUCAGGGCGUCCGCCUGCACAGGCUGGGCCAGGAGCAUCGAAGCCCCAGUGGCUGUGCGCUCAUAGGCCUGGCGCUGGGUUUGAGUGCUGUGCAGGGCAUCAUCGCAGCCGAGUGGCUACUUCUGACCGUGUUGAGGGAGGGGAGAGCUGCCUGUCAGUACCUGCCUUUAGACUUCUCAUUAGCCUGCAGCUAUGUGGUGGCCUUGCUACUAGCUGCAAUGAUUGCUGCUUCUUUGGGCCUGUGCGGGAAGACACGUCAGUGGCGAUGCAGCGCAGUCUGGCUGCUGGUGACCUGCCUGCUGUCUCUACUGCUGUGGGUGGCAUGGAUGGGCUUCUAUCUGUACGGCAACGCCUGGCUUGGCAAGUCUCCUGAGUGGAAUGACCCAGCUCUGGCAAUAGCUUUGGUGGCUCAGGGCUGGCUGCUGCUGAUAUUUCAUGCCAUUCCUGAAUCCCACAUCUGCAUGAGACCCCCACCACAACCAACCGCCCCAGACUACUUUGACACGUCCCAGAACUCAACACGGAUGAGAGAGACGAGCUUUGACGAAGACAUCCCUCUUUCUCACCGGCAGUUUGUGGAGAACCAGGGUUAUGGCUACAACGACGAGAACACUGCAGGCUUGAGGAGCGGUGGUGGUGGUGGUGGUGGUGGUGGUGCUGGGCAACACAACAGUAACACUGGUGCCAGGCCCAGUGCUCCCUUCCGCAGCAAUGUCUACCAGCCCACAGAGAUGACCAUGAUCCUGAACGGGGGAGCGGUGAGUACAGCCUCCCAGUCACAGGUGCCCUCCGCCCCUCCUACCUACACGGGAAGGCAGCUGUGGUGAAAAGAAGAUGUGCAACAGAGAAUGAGGAGAAUAGAAUAGAUGGGGGGUGACGAGGGAGGGGGUCCAGGACUGGAUUGGACUUUUGGUGGCAUGGAUGCCUGCAGGGCCCUUUCAAUCUGUGUACAGACUUUAACACUGACUCUGUGCCAAUCAAGUAUUGAGUGAAUGUGUGAGACUGGGACAAAGCAGGACAUGGAGGACAGAGCUGAAACUUUUCCUGCUCACAAACGCACCACAAAAGAGGUGGAAAAACUUGAAGCGUGUCCAGCAAGAAGUAAAAUAGAACAACUGCUGACUUGGGUCUGAAAUGAUCAACAUGCAGUAUCAUUUUUAUACAAUUUGCUCCAGCAUCGUAGGCAUACUUGAAAACUGUGAAAUCUACCGCUUCAUCCGGAUUUAGCUCUCAUCCUGUCAGGAAGGAUGUGUUUUGUGCUGCUCCUUACAAUGCUGGUGCUCAAGUGGAAACGUUUGGCUCUGUCCUCCAUCCAUCCACACCGGGCAUGUAAACAGAGCACACAUGUAAAACUCGAGCACAGCCCUCUUCAUGACUAUCCAGCCUCUGUCGGUGUCUAUGUACAGAAUAUAAAAGAAACGUGUGUUCUCAGUCAAACUCUUGUCAUCCAGGUUGCCCACACUGGUGUUUUUUCCUCCAUUUCUUUGUUUCUGCCACUGCUCUGUCUGUGAUUUUAACGCCUCACACUCUUCACCUUGUGUCAUCCUCCAACCUACAUGGACACAUUGAAAAAUACAAACUGUGAAGCCUGAACCGGGGAGGAAGUUCCCGUGUUUGCAGGCACAACAAAUGCAGUCCUGCACCUGCACGGAGGGAUCACAUGCUGCUAACCGAACUGCACGCUGGAGCAGAGCGUGAUACGACUGGAGGAAGAGGCCGUCAGUCAUCAGCAGGGGCGGCGCAGCGAUGGGAAUCUAGGUCAGCCCGCCGUGCUCGCCACUGGCAGAUCGAAGGAGCCAGGACUGUCACGUUAGAUCAGCAGGAAGCAGAGCGAGCAAGUAAAACGAAAAACAAGCAUCUCGCUCUUAGUUCUGUGUUUGUAAGUGUUGUGAUUUUUAUGAGCGUUGGCGGAGAAAUUCAAAGUCCAAGUUGUUGUUUUUUUUCUUUAAUGCUAAAUUUUCACACAACUCUCCGGUGAGCUGUAACAAGAAGAACACUAGCGUGGGUAGUCACACUGUGAGUGACAGGAUAUAAAUCUAGAGCUGUGGCUGCUGUGUGGAGAUAAGUCUGGAGCCUCGGAAAGAUCAGAUCUACAACUGUGGAGAAGAAAGAGGAAGAUCAAAUAAAAGAGGAGGAGAGGGAAGGUGGGGAGGGGGUCUGACAGGUGUCUAGAUCUUCACUCAGCUCCUUAUAUAAAAUGAAAAUGGCUCCCUGGCCUGCCGUUGUGCAUGAAGUCGUAGCUACUGUUAGUGGUUGUCUUCUUUAUCUCAUGGAGAAACUCUCGUCCUCCUCCCCACCUCCCUCCUGCCUCUCUGUGGUCAGUCACUGUGCCAAUAAGGACUCCUUCUUCCACUGGAGUCUAUUUUACACACAUUUACUUCAUUGUCUCACCAGCUAUCACCAGAGGAACUGUGUAUAUAAAGUACUGCUGAAAGGCUUUGCUUGCUUGUUUCCCUUUUUUUAAGUUGUAGGCAGAGU